AUGGCCCAACUCUCGUUUGUGACUCUCGAUGUCUUCACAUCCCAGCCCUACUCGGGUAACCCGCUGGCUGUGGUUUUUCUCCCGGAGGACUCGGACUCUUUGAGCCAGAGCCAGAAACAAACCAUCGCGCGGGAGUUCAACCUGUCCGAGACCAUUUUCGUGCACCCGGCCCGUGAGCAAAGCAAGCGUACCAUCGACAUCUUCACUACAGACUGCGAACUGCCAUUCGCAGGCCACCCAACCAUCGGCGCCGCAUCUUGGUUCCUGUGUCAUUCCACGGAUGCAGCGGAUGCUAGCGGGGUGACGACGCUGGCGACCAAGUCAGGCGAUAUCCCGAUUUCCAUCCAGGACAGCAUUUCCAAGGCUGUUUCUGCACAGAUCGCGCAUAACACGCGCAUCCACGCCGCUCGAUUCGGGUUGAAGGAUCUGCUGCGCCUUCACCCGACUCUGGCUCCGUUCUUUCCGCAGCCGGAUGUCAGUUUCCCGGUCUUCUCGAUCGUCAAUGGUAUGAGCCAGGUUUUCAUCGAGCUUCCCACUCUGGCCGCGUUGGCCGCCGUGACCCCCGCGACCGGGGGCGAGCUCGUCUCUUCGACCAACGGCAACUACCUCGACGAGGGGUGGAGAUCCGGAUUGGUGAGCGUUUACUUCUUCGUCCGAGAGGUGGACGACGAUGUUACGGACCAGAAGAUUAUUCGCACGCGGAUGAUGCUAGGAACCCUCGAAGACCCGGCAACGGGUAGCUCGGCUUGUGGCCUGGCGGCAUACCUGACCCUGACGGAGGGCCAGGCUGGUCAGCCUCACUUAUACCAUGUGGUACAGGGUGUCGAGAUGGGAAGGCGCAGUGAUAUUGGAGUUGGAGUGGCGCUGGACCCUGACAUGAAGAUUAAGCAGAUGUUGUUGACAGGGACGGCGGUGCGGGUGUCUGAGGGCCGGGUUUUGGUCCCUGAUGUUUAA